AGGUAGCGUGUCACGUGUGCCACUCAACAAUCAUUUUAUUAACACGAGUUAUUAAAUAAACGAACAAGUAAUUGUAUAGGUAUAAAACGUUCAUGAAAACGGAAGGAUUUGUGGUUAUGUGAUAGUAUAUCAAUUAAAUAAUAUUUUAGCCCUAUCUUCAAAAUGGGUAAAAAAGGCUUAGACAGAGCUAUCAUAUCGGCAGCGAUUGUCGGCAUCCUGAUAUCCACGUACGCCUUGUUCGUGGAGAUGACCGCAGAAGCAAACCCCGAGUACAAGGCCUACUGCGACCUCGCUGAAAAAGCCAGCUGCUCAUCAGUUCUCACGUCGGAUUUCUCUAAAGGAUUUGGCUUGGUGGCGAAAGGGUCGCCGUUGGAACUUCCGAAUUGCAUUUAUGGAAUUGUUUUCUACUGCCUAAUGAUUCUUAUGACUACGUACGACAACGUUUCGGUGGUGCAACUACAGUUUUUAACUGCAGUGAUGUCGGUUCUCGCCUGCGUCUAUUUAGCCUACCUUUUAUUAUUCGUUCUACGGGAUUUCUGCGUGGUUUGUGUCUCUACUUACUUUGUAAAUGGUGGCAUAGCCGCAUUAGUCUAUAGGAAAUUGAAUGUUGUCCUUAAAAAAUGUCGAUAAAUUAACAUAUACAUACUCGUCUGAACUGUAUAAAAAUAAUUUAUUCAAAUGAAGUUUGUAAAAGUGA